AUGGGACCAAAACCAGCACACGGCAGCGUGGGCCCUGAAGCUUUCUGUUUCGGUGCCAGUCGACGACCAGUGAGACUGCGUCCAGCAGAUUCCCAAAGCAGAACCACCUCCAACAAUUCGCGAAGCCUACAUCACAGACCCAUGACAUCGCCCUUCACUACGCCUUCCAGAUCCUUUCAUUACCAGGUGAGCCAGCCAUGCUUAUGCCCAUCCCGACGAGCUCUCGCUGACUUAGCAUGCAUGACAGGAUGCCUUGCUUCCUGGUGAAGAGCUACUUGUGAACCAGUCUGGCUCAAUUCCAUCUGCAUCCUUGGCGAGCCUGGAGGCGCAUACAGCCCCACCGCUUCAGCUCAGAAACCAAGACCUCCAGUCGAAGAAUGUCGCCCGCGAUCCACACGGUUUCACGUACUCGUCCUCGGAAUUCUCGCAAGAUGAAACGGACCAGCAACACUCUCUCGUAUUUUCGAAUGAUUCGCUAACACAGAGCGCGACAAGCAGCUACUCCGCUCGAACACAUCAAACCUCUGCAGUGAUGGUCAAUACUCGUGACAGGAGCAGCUCCAAUCUUUCGGGCUUUCUCGGCGCGUACCGUUCAAUGUCCCGUGCUCAAUCACAGAGAAUGCCCGAAACUGCACCGUACGAGUCACACAGUGCAUUGGAACCUGGCGGCUUCCAAGGAAUUGUCGCCGAUGGGUCUUUGAAGCGUCGCUCCAGCGCGCCCGGACCAUCAGUCAAUCCACUCGAGCUCUGCUCCGGCGAAGACGAGCUGUGCGAUCAGGUGAGUGGAGCAAUGAUCAAGGGCAUUUCGGUAUACUGACAACUUGCAAGACGUUCGGUCUUGACGUCAAGCCGGGUCCGAUAUUUGGUCUAGACGCUUCACUUGAUUCAUCGUGCUUUUCAAGUCCUUCGACGCCGUGGGUCCCCGCAGACGCCAAUGCCGGCUCGAAGAGCUCCAUCAGCUUUGCGGAUCGCGUGGCCUUUGCGACACCAAAGGGCAGCGAGGAUGGACUGCUGUGCGAGAUUGAUUCGUCCAUCGACUCGUCCAUCGGCUCUCGAUCCCCCUCCCCAACUCCAAGUGGAGCACAUCGGAAUGCCACUAGUUUGACACCUGGCAAAUCCAUGUUUCCGCUACGAAGCGCGGCGAACAAAGGCGAAGACAUCUCCAGAGACGGAGCAACAGCUUUCCACGUUGCACCUGAUGUCGAGUUUAGUGGGUCAAUCGCAGCGCUGAGCGAUCGCAGCUGCCUAUUCACGCUUGCCUUGGAUCUCUUCUCGCAUAGACGAUGUCUGCAGAACCGGGCACAAGAACUCAAUCGCUGGUGAUCGCGAGAUGGACAUCGCUACUGUGCUACUGGCUAUGUCUGAACAAAGUACGGGUCGUGUCACACGCAGGAUGACACAGAACGCGCGACGUAUUCUCGAUGACAUUCAAUUACCCGAAGGCGUAUUGCAUUGCCUUGAAAGCAAGCAAGGUGACGGUACAGCGCCUACAGAAAGCACGGAAAAGCAGAGGGAUCCGCAUUCGGUCAAGAGGAGAAAGAUAGAGAAAACGAGAAGAAUCUCGCGGGUCUCCGCUAGGAUGUUCAACGCAAAUAUAGAAGCGAUGCAAGGCCCACCGAGGACUCUGGAGCCCUCGCGAACAGAGCGUGUACCUCAAACCGAUGCUACAUCCAAGGAAGCGCUCUGCUCUUUGACCGGGCAAGCGGCAGGCGGACGAAUCGAGAUGCGCAUCUUCCCGACCAACUUAUCGAUCCACGACGGCUUCGUCGGGUGGUAUAGGCGCUUUCCGAUAUCUUCGGCUUUAUCUCCAGCGGUAGCUGAGACGGUCUACGCCGAGGCACGGUGAGUGCAAGUCGAAUCGCAUUCCAUACAGCUGAUCCUUGGACCUGGGCCACCAAUCACCCGUAGAUCUCCGGGGAGCGAGAUGUAUGAUGCUGCCAAGCGCGGUUGCAAGACCUUCGGAUCGCAGCAUACGGAGCCCAGUCCGCUGGACCUGUACUCGCCGCGCUGGGUUCGAGGCGUUGGCGCUACAAAGGAAGGUGCGCUCCUGACGAUCAUGGGAUCAUCUGGCCGUGUCCGAGCCUCACCCGUUCUGCUUAUGCUCACACUGUUGUGUUUGCCAAGGUCUAUGUCCAAUAUGGUGCGCUCAGGCUGAAGUAGUUUGUCGAUGAUGUGCCUCAUGGUAUCCAAGUCGCUACAUGCAGCUACGAAGUGGGCGAGGUUCGCUGGUACAAGACCAAGAUCAGCGGUGAGCAUGCAUACUUUGGCAGCGCAGCUGUUCAGACUGACAGAAAGGAGGAUCCAGCCUACAACUACCAUAUGCAGAACGUGAGUCAGCAAGCACGCUGCAUUAUACAACACUUUGGGCUCUGACCUCGCAGAGUGCCUUUAUCGUUGCAGAGCCACGGUAGGUCCUCGAGCCGGCUAUUGUGCCACGGGAUUGCUAGAGGACUAACAUGUCCUGGCGCCACGACACAGGCAUCUCGGCACUGACAGGAGAGCCAUUUGAUCCACCCAUUGGGUUCAAGGUCAAAAGUAGACCACACGCGUCUGCUUUAGAAAAGCCUAAGGUGCUGGCAGGCCAGUGUGAGUACUGAAGUACAUGUCAAGUCUUUGCGACUUGUCCGAAGUCAUCUCUAACUCUGAUCGUCUUGCAGGUCAUGUAUGCCGGCGCUGUGAGCUUUGGAGACGUUGCAGUAUGUGAGCUGCAGCUUUGCUGACAUCGUCAGCGCGCCAGUCAUCGAUGUCGAGGGGCCAAAAUUGGAGGCCGUCAAAGUACCUGAGUGAGUCGUCACCAGAGACUGGAAUAGAAACAGAGUCGCUGCCGACCACUUAGCAUCGCCUUGUGCCUAGGAUUUACUGGUGGAAACACGCGCAGAAGUGAGGGAGCUGCUUUACGCCUUCAACUAGGGGCGAGAACUGAGCUGCGCCCCCUCCAGGUGCCACAAGGACAAGGCUCGACUCGAAGGUGUGAGCGGAACUUUCAUCGAGAACGCGGUCAGUAAGGAUAGCCGAUGGCACGCGGGAAGCAUCGAUGUUGAUGCUCACUGAAAAGCGUUACCUAGCUCUACCGUCGCAUCAUGCAAUACCUGGCAGAGCACCCAGAGUCUGAGGAGCAAGGCAGCUGCUAG